GCUGGAGCCAUUGCCGCCUAACUGAUCCAGAAACGUCACCAUGGACCUCCCUGAGAACCAUGAUCACUUCUGGAACUGGAGUGCUAUGGGCCUCGGUACUUACAACUGGAAAGAUGCACUGAUUUUGACUGUGUACCUGGUGCUGGUCUUGUACAUUGGCCUACGGGCUUUAUCAAGAGAUCGUUCAACAAUAAAAGGCUUCUUCCUAGCUGGCCAAAAUCUACCGUGGUGGCUGAUCGCUGCUUCUCUUUUUGCUGCAAAUAUUGGCAGUAGCCACUUUAUUGGCCUGGCAGGGAUAGGAGCAUCUUCGGGAAUUGCUGUUGGGGCCUUCGAAUGGAAUACUAUAUUUAUGCUCUUUAUUCUUGGUUGGAUAUUUGUUCCUAUUUACAAUAAAGCUGGGGUGGUGACGCUGCCAGAAUAUUUGAGAAAGAGGUUUGGUAGUGUCCGUAUCCAGCUCCUCGCCUCUAUUUUGUCCAUACUCAUUGAUGUGAUCACCAGGAUCUUGGUAGAAGUCUGCUAUGGUGCCAUGUUUGUGAAAAUUGCUUGGGACAUGGAUGUUUACCAGGUCACAAUGCUACUGCUGGUGAUUGCUGGCAUUUAUACCAUCACAGGUGGUUUGGCAGCUGUGAUUUAUACUGAGGCUUUACAUGCUAUUGUUAUGCUUGUGGGGUCCAUUUUGUUAAUGAUCUACGCCUUUAGAAAAGUGGGAGGAUACAAGCAGCUACAGCGUAAUUACUUCUACACCAUCCCGGGAAAGACCAGUGAAGGAAACUGGACUGCCAAGCCAGAGUGCUACAUCCCUCGCCAGGAUGCUUUCCAUAUCUUCCGAGAUCUCGUCUCUGGAGACUUCGCCUGGCCCAAACUUAUCCUUGGUGCCACUACUAUCUCCUUAUUCUAUGGGUGUGCUGAUCAGGUUUCUGUCCAGCGGGGCCUGGCAGGGAAGAACAUAUCUCACAUGAAAGCUGGCUUCCUUCUGUAUGGGUACCUGAAGUUGUUGCCUAUGUUCCUCAUGGUGAUGCCAGGAAUGAUCAGCCGCAUCUUUUACCCAAACCAAGUGGCUUGUGUUGUACCUUCAGAAUGUGAAAAGUACUGCGGCGCCCAACGCAGUUGUAGCCCUGUCGCUUAUCCGAGGAUGGUGGUAUCAUUGCUGCCUACUAGCCUACAGGGCAUGAUGUUGUCCACAGUAUGUGCCACCAUCAUUUCCUCCUUGACUUCUGCUUUCAACAGUGUCAGUUCCCUGUUCACAAUGAAUAUCUAUGCCUGGAUGCGGCCUCGGGCCUCUGAAAAUGAACUCAUGAUAACAGCAAGGUUUUUUAUUAUAACCUUACUUGCUACCACCAUUGUUUGGAUCCCUAUUAUAGAAACAGGUCUCAGUGAAAAUUUAUUUGAAUAUAUGCUGAUAGUGAGGAGUUGCCUGACGCCACCCAUUACUGCCCUCUUCAUACUUGCUGUGUUUUCCAAGAGAGUCAGUGAGGAGGGUGCCUUCUGGGGGCUGACUUUGGGGAUUGUGAUCGGCUUCUUUCGACUGCUGCCUGAGGUUAUCUAUGGACACAGGACCUGUGAGAAGAGCAAGUGCCCUAUGCCCAUCUGCAGCAUACACUACCUCUAUUUUAGCACGUUCCUCCUCUUGGUCAGUCUUCUCAGCAUGCUGGGGAUCUCCUUCUUCACACGCCCAAUUCCAGAUAGACAUCUCUACAGGCUUUGCUGGAGCUUACGAAAGAGCCUAGAGGAGAGGUUAGAUCUGGACAGGGGCAUAACAUGGAGGAGACUCCCCAGAUUCCCAGCCACACCAGCUAUGUUCCGGGAUUCCCAGAGCUACUUCUGGGAGGCCUUCCAACUGUUUUUUGGCCUGGAGCCACAGCUGAACCCCAAGGUGGCCUCUGGAAAGGUCUCCAAGGAGAUAAAUACAACUGAGGAGAUGGAGGCAACUGAGAAAAGGAAACAUAGUGAUUCUUUGGAAGUUGCUGAGGCCCUGGCCCCUGGAGAGGCAUCCAGAAGGAUAGAAGUAAGGGAGAAAAAUAUGGAGCAAGGUGACCCAUCAGAAAGUGCAGACAUCCUGGCUCAAGGAGACCUAUCCAGGAAUAUGAAGGCAACCAAGGAGAAGACAGAAAAUACAGACAGGGGUGAUAAGUCAGAAAAGUCCUGCUGGAGGAGGCUGAUCAGUGCCAGUGCGACCAUCUUGAUCGCACUUGUGGUCUUUGGCCACAUUUACUUUGCCUGAAGCAGCUAAAGCCUGGAGUGUCUGGAGGGCACCAAGGAUGUUGCCUUUCCCAGACCCUCAUCAGGAAAGAGAUGACGUGUUUCCUCCUGGGACACCCAAGAAUAUGAGGCCAACACUUAUACCAAUGAUAAUGCUCCUUCGGUGUGAUGUAUCAAAUGCCACCAGCUGCAGGGCCAUGGAUUUUGUGGAAUUCUUGUUCUGAUUUUUGUCCCUUCUUCUAUUUAUAUACAUUAAUUUUCAUAUAAGGCAAUCUUAUAUUCC